GUGGGUUUCGCGCUGCAUCCUGGGUACACAUAGCUCCGCUGUGAUGCAGUGAGGCUGUUGUGUUGACUGGAACCCAGCGGAAAGUACACGGCGGGGAAGGGGUCUGCCACUGAUGGGUGGGCUUUCGGCGAGUUUCACAAUGCGUCUUUCACCGAGUUGAACGCUUUCACAGAACCAUGAACCAACUUCGCCGGUCGGUUCGGAACGGAGUGAGCCGCAUUUGAGCCCCGACGACGAGCGGUUGUUGGCUGAGGAGGUGGGGGAGAGAGCGGACAUGAAGCAGCCGAGCGCCCCGCUCUCUGUUGUCGGCUUGACUGGGAAAUGGUAGCGUGCUGCAGGGACCACCGCACUGGGAAGGAUCAUGGUCGAGAGGAGCAGCAAAUUCUUGUUGAUCGUCGUCGGAUCCGUGUGUUUUAUGCUGAUUCUCUAUCAGUACGUGGCCCCAGGGGUGAUCAAUUUCGGCUCCCCGCACGGUUACUUCGCGGAGGACGACGAGGGGGACAUCUUCCCGACUCCGGACCCCCACUACGUCAAGAAAUACUACUUCCCCGUCCGGGACUUGGUGAGGACCAUCGAUUUCCAAAUCAAAGGGGAGGACGUGAUUGUGUUUUUGCACAUCCAGAAGACAGGGGGGACUACCUUCGGUCGGCACCUGGUCCAGAAUGUCCGCCUGGAGGUUCCCUGCGACUGCAGACCGGGGCAGAAGAAGUGUACCUGCUACCGGCCAAACCGCAAGGAGACCUGGCUCUUCUCGCGGUUCUCUACCGGCUGGAGCUGCGGUUUGCACGCCGACUGGACCGAGCUCACCAACUGCGUGCCGGGGGUCCUCAACAAGAAGGAGAGCAAGCAGAAGAACCAGAGGAAGUUCUACUACAUAACUCUGCUGAGGGACCCCGUUUCCCGCUACCUCAGUGAGUGGAGGCACGUACAACGGGGAGCCACGUGGAAAACCUCUCUGCACAUGUGCGACGGCCGAACCCCGACGCCCGAGGAGCUACCUUCCUGUUACGAAGGCUCCGACUGGUCGGGGUGCACUCUGCAGCAGUUCAUGGACUGUCCGUACAACCUGGCCAACAACAGACAGGUUCGUAUGUUAGCCGACCUGAGCCUGGUCGGCUGCUAUAACAUGUCCACGGUUCCAGAGAAGAAGAGGGCCCAGCUCCUGUUGGAGUCGGCCAAGAAGAACCUGCGAGAUAUGGCCUUCUUUGGUCUCACAGAGUACCAGAGGAAAACCCAGUUUCUCUUUGAACGAACCUUCAGGUUGCGCUUCAUCAGGCCUUUCAUGCAGUACAACAGCACCCGGGCCGCAGGGGUGGACCUGGACAACGCUACGGUCCAGCAUAUAGAGGAGCUGAACGAGCUGGACAUGGAGCUCUACGACUACGCCAGGGACCUGUUCCAGCAGCGCUACCAGUACACCCGGCAGCAGGAGCGGCGGCAGCAGCGCAUCAGGAACCACAUGCAGCAGAGCCACCAGGGCCUCGGCCUGAGCGUCAGCCUGUGGCCCUCCCACGGCCAGGCUAGCUCACAAUCGACACUGGAGGAAGAGGACGGGGAGAGGGUGGAGAGGGAGGACGGCCAGGAAGGGGGCAGAACGGAGGAGGCGGGCGCCAGGCUCCCCACUGAGGACUACAUGAACCAGAUCAUCAACCGCUGGUAGCAACAGAACGAGAACAAACGACAGACACGCAUAAGUAAUAUGAAAGUCAUACUCAUGCACACAGUCACACACACACAGACGUGGCGUCGCCUUGUUCAAAGACCCAAACCAAACGCAGACCACCAGAGAUCUGGGCUGUGAGAGUUGUAGUCUUGGGGGGUUGCUAUAGCAACCGAAGGCUGGUAGCUUCCAUCAGCUCUCAUUAUUGAGGUUUGCCCACUUGUUAUCGGCGCCUGCUUGGCCUUUCGCCUCCCUGCUACAUCUCCUCGUUUCUUUGUCUCUGCCAUCAUCAUUACUUCCUGAGCAACGGGAGAGGAGAACAUUUUUAGAAGUUGCUGACAACGUCCUAGGUUUGCCUCCCGCAUCCCUCACCUCUUCUGCAGCCUGACAGCGGGGAGGGGAGCACGAAAAAAGGAAAACCAGGUCUGUGAAAUCUUGAGUAAUUCUUUACCGGAUGCUCCCAUAUCAGAGAAACUGGAAAGGCUCUGAACAAAGAACAAAAGUACGACAGCGUAAGAGACUGCAUCAGGGAAAAGAAAAAAACUGCAGGAAGUUGUGUGAUGAAAGCUCCGCGCUUGCAUAAAACACCCAUUUCAUACACAGGCAUAGGUGUGUCCUGAAACUCGUCAUUCUGAUUUUUAAGAUGGGUUUUAUUUUUGUUUUGGUCUUUAAGCUUUUUUUAAAAGCAGAAUUGUAAUAACACUGAGACCAACAUUGCUGCCUAAAGAAAAUUCCAUAUCUUUCUUUUUUUUGUAUUGUUUUAUAUGUCAGAAAGGAUUAGGUUGAUGAACAUUGGACCAUAGCCAUUACUGAAGCCUUGCUUCUUUUUGGAAGGGUGUCGCCAGUGUGUUUGAUAAAGGUUCCCAAAGCUCCUGUCACUUUAACGACUUCUUUAUUUUGCCUUUUCUCUCCUUGUUUUUUUUUCUUGGUGUGUCUCAGUCCUGCAAAGCAAGACAGCCAAUUACAGAACAGAAUCUCCUAUAGGUGUGAAGAAACCAGUAGCAGCGGGACAGGGGAGGUGAGUGAAUGUGCUCCAGGUUGUUGCCAGGAACCGUGCAGCGCGAGCGGCAAGUGCUUUGGAAGCCUUAACUGGGACAAAAAUGCUUGAAAUGGGAGCUGCAGAACUACCGGUCACCAUGGCGAUGUGAGCUCUUAAUGUAGUGGGUGGCAUUUUAGCUUCUCUUCUUCUUCGUCCUGGAUUUUUUUAUUUCCUGACUGCGUUGUAAAAGCAGCCAUCUCAUGAAAACUUCUGUCCCACCUUCUGAAAGGGCAAACGUUGCCGUGGUGACCUGCAGUUCAUCAGCACAAUGACCGGACUGGGCGAGGUAGCAGUGCCUCUAUGUACCUAGGUCAUAGUCAACAUAAUUAUUGCCAGGUAUUAAGUCUGCAUUGUACUACAGUAAUUUCUUUGACUACUUGUGAGUUUGCGAGAGUGUGUGAGUGAGUGUGUAAAUAGUGUGUACAGGAAGCCAGACUGGUGUUUGCCUUUGUAAAUAGUGAGAAUGACCGACAGAGGAUGUUUGUGAACGACUUGUUUUAUGACCAAUUAUCUUGUCAUUUCUGUUGUUUUUGCUGUCAGAUCACAUUAUUGCAAGCCCUUUUCUUGUCUCCUUUCCAUGUUUUGGUUGUAACCCACGCUUGUAGCUUCACAUUAUUUAUAUUUGUAACAAAUAUUAUGACCAAUCUGCACUUCUAAUCCAGCUUUUGAACCUCAGCACAACCCAUAUUAGUUUCAAUCCUCCAGCCUUCCAUGUGCAGACCUUACUGUGAAAAUAAAAGAAUCUGAUUUCUUGAACUGUUUUCCAGCUGCUUGGUCACAUCUUCAAAGGUACUUCCACGAUCCCACAGGGCCCGGCUUGUUGACCUGUACAGAUAAAUGUUUGCAUGAGGUUAAGCCAGAGCUGUUCCACAGAUUAUUGGGCUGGAUGUUGACAUGCCGCCGGCAGCUGGUUUAACCCCAGGUGCCCGUUUUAUUAAUCUCAGCUGGAAGUAGAUGCUUGAGAUAUCUUCAAAAAAUAUUUGGAGACGCAUCCUAAGUUAUUUACCCCUACAAGGUUUGUGUAGGAAACCCAUUUUGAAUGAAUGUUAGACUAAGGCAUGAAGUAAUGAGAUUACAGUUGAGGUUAUAGCUACAGUGCCUUGCAAAAGUAAACAAACCUCUUGAACCUUUUUACAUUUUGCCAUGGUACAACUACAAACUUUAAUGUAUUUUUUGUAGAUUGUACUGAUAGAGCAACACAAGGUAGUGCAUAAUUAUCAAGAGAAAGGAAAGUGAUCCAUAAAAAUUCUGAAAGGUUUGACACUCAUUUGUGCUUUGGCUGCCCGAGUCAGAACCACCUUUUGCUGCAGUUACUGCUGCAGUUUUUCUGCAUUCUGUCUCAACCAGCUCUGCAUAUCAACAUAUUUUUGCUCUCCUUCUUUGCAAAAUCGUUUUCCUCAGCACGGUGUUUUGCAGUAAGGCCAAAAAUGCAAAUUCUGGUCUCAUCUGAUCAGAGCAGCAUCUUCAGUCUGAAAGAGAGGACCUCCUAUGACAUUCUUUCAACAAUGUAUUUCUCUUGCCACUCUCCCAUAAGGCCAUAUUUGUAGAGUGCACAAGUAAUAAUUGUCCUAUCAACAGAAUCCUCCACCUGAGGUGUAGAUAUCUGUAGCUCCCCCAACUUGCCAAGGUCUUCCUUGCUGAAACUCAUCAUCCCCACAGCAUGAUGCUGCCACCACCAUAUUAUAGCGUGGCGAUAACUUUUGGAUCGUGAUGUUAGGUCUUUUUCAUCCCACAUAGUAUUUUACAUGUAUCCCAAAAAGGUUAACCUCUGACCUCUGAGGCCUUCGCAGAACAGCUGUAGUUACACUGAGAUGGAUGGACAACUGGUUGCACUUCAUUUAGGGUUGUUACACUAAAGGGGGCUGAGUACAAAUGCACUUUUCAGAUUUUCUUUUUUUUUUUUUAAGAAAUAUUUAAUUUUGCUCCCACUUAAUAUUUGUGCACUACUUUGAGUUCUACCUCAUACAAUCCCAAUAAAGAAUAUUUAUUUACAUUUACAGGUUUGUGUUUGCAAUGUGACAAAAUGUAAAUCUAUAAGGGGUGUAAAAACCUUUGCAAGUCACUGUUUAUUUAUAGUAAUCUCUUGCCGUUUGUCUAUAUUUUGCUACUGAGACCUGCUUAUGAAAAAUAAGGUAAAACAAAGUCACAUGGGUUUAUAGUGAAAUAAAUGUACUCUGAUUUAUUUGAGGGUUGUCUGUAUUAAUGUGUUUCAGACAAAUCAACAAAUACUUUGUGUUAUAGGUUGACUAUUAUGGUGAAAUGUGAGAGAAAACCUGUGAGAAAACUGAGGGGAUUAUUGAAAUGCGCUGGGAAAAAAAAUGAGCCUCUGUGCGUGUUGUAAUUCAAACUACAUGUAGAUGAUGGAUGCAGGUGUCCUGCUUCCUUCAUCUCUGGAAAACAUGAUGCUGGCUGUUUUCUUUUUAAGCCUGGACAGUUAAGUCUCAGCUAAUCACUGCAGAAUCCUGUCUUCGUGGUGUGAUCAGCCCGGUUUUAAAUAAGUAAUGAUUCAUCAUGGGAAGGAGAGAAGAACAAAGUAUUAGGACUCAUCCAUUGCCAGUGUGUUUCUUUUUGCACAGUUUUUAAAGUAAUGCAAUAGGGACAGAGAAACGAAUAUGGAAGGAGAGAAACCUCCCUUUUCAUAUCAGCUUUCCCGUCAUUUUUUUCCAACUGGAGACUUGAAAACGCCACAGCUUCAGGCAUACAGGGCAUAACGUGUAAAUCAAAGCCGGGCUUGCAUUGGUGUUUGGGCUCCAGUCCAAUAUGGAGCUCUACAUUUGUUGUAGCGCAAAAGGCAAAACCCAUUCUCCACAUAUGGAGGUUUAUUUUUGUUUUAAGCGUUCCAGUUUUGAAUGAUAAUCAGGCUUGAAUCAAAUACUGUUUGUCUGAGCGGUGUGUGUAUGUGUGUGUGUGUGUGUGUGUGUGUGUGUGUGAGAAAGAAAUAAAGCUUUUUACUGAUAUCAUUCCAGAGAAAAGGUAUGCUCAAAUAUAUUAUUUCAUUGUUAUCCCAUGUCUUAAUAUUGUUUCCUUUGUGACAAUAAAGCAAAGCGUCAUUGUUCUUUUAAAGACGUGUUAAAGAAGGUGUGAAAAGGAUUGGUUUUUGUUGUUUUUUUUCUAAUUGGUGAGCGGUCUGUCUCUGCCUCCUUAUGUAUGCAUCUUUCUGGAUUUGUUUUCUUAUGAUUGCAAAACUGAAUCAUCAAACCACCAAUUAAAAUAUUUCAUUUUUACA